UACACCUAGUUUUUCUAAAUGUUAAAAUCCCUUUUGAACCACUUUCGUGGUCAUUCUGUUUCUCACUUAAUGAGGUGAACUUCAUUGCACCCUGUCGGCGCAAUUAAGUGUUUUACCGUAAAAGGCAACCUAGAUGCGCAAUCGAUCCUUUAAGUUUAGACGGCGAGGGCGCGCUACUCCGAAGUGUAGAUUGCGUGACCGCAGUCCUUUAUAAGCUCCACUAAAGCUCUUAAGUAAAUCAGUCUGUCGCCUUCCCCCUCUACGUUGUCGUCUCGCCGCAAUGACGAACUAUGGAGACCAACACUAUUCUUCUUCAUCCUAUCGAAAGAUUUUCGGGGAUUCCCCGCGUUUUUCGAACACAUCCACCUCCUCCUCCUCGCGCGGGAGAAGCGCUGGAAGUGUGUCUCGCGGCUCAGCUGACACCAGAUCCCUGAGAUCUCUGCAGGGGUCGUCGUCUCGCAACACCGCGUCCGCGUCAUCCUUCGGUUACUAUAGGAGGACCCCGGGUGCCGGGGACUUUGUGGAUUCAACCCAGGUCUCCGCGGUCAACAGCGAGUUCAAACUGGUUCGGACCAGCGAGAAGGAGCAGCUGCAGGGGCUGAACGACCGUUUUGCCACUUUUAUCGACAAGGUCCGGCACCUGGAGCAGCAGAAUAGUGCCCUGGAGAGCGAGCUGGUCACGCUGCAACGCAAACAACAAGAACCGUCGCGCGUCGCCGAGCUUUACCAGGAGGAGCUGCGCAACCUGCGCGCCCAGGUGGAGGAGCUUAACGCCGAGAAGAACCAAGUGCUCAUCGAGCGGGAUAACUUGGAGGAAGAGCACCAAAAGCUCCUCGCCAAAUAUGAAGACGAGGUCAGGGCGCGAAAGGAGGUCGAGCAGACCCUCAAGUCGUAUCGGAAAGACGUCGACGACGCGACCCUCGCACGCCUGGACCUCGAGCGCAAAGUGGACUCGCUGUCGGAGGAGAUUUCCUUCCUGAGGAAGGUGCACGGCGAGGAGAUGCACGAGCUGAGCGCGAUGAUGCACGCCGCGGCGCAGGGGGCGUCCGUGGACGUGGCGAUGCCCAAGCCCGACCUCACGUUGGCUCUGAAGGAGAUACGGAACCAGUACGAGGCCGUGGCGUCAAAGAACCUCCAGUCCUCCGAGGAGUGGUACAAGUCCAAGUUCGCCAACCUGAACGAACAGGCGAUCCGGGGCAACGAGGCGAUGCGCGCCAGCAAGGAGGAGAUCAACGAGUUCCGGAGGCAGCUGCAGUCCAAGACCCUGGAGCUUGAGACGCUGCGAGGGGCCAACGAGUCUCUGGAGAGACAGAUGAGGGAGGCGGAGGACACACACAGUGCGGAGAUAGCCGCCAUGCAGGACACUAUUGGCCACUUGGACAGUGAACUGCGCAACAUGAAGAGUGAGACAGCGCAGCACAUGAGGGAAUACCAGGAGCUGCUCAACAUCAAGAUGGCACUGGACAUGGAGAUCGCAGCAUACAGAAAACUGCUGGAAGGGGAGGAGAGCCACUUCAGUUCGGGCGUCUCGUUCGGCGUGUCCAACCACAGUACCGUGGGCGGCGGCUACGGCUUCCCCCUGCCCCGCUCCUCUCUGAGCUCCACCGGGAGCAGUCGCAGAGAGAAACAAGCCUCCCCAGAGGGGAACACUGCCAAAGAGCCCGGGGAGAUGAAGAACGAUGAUGACGCAGACGUCAACUCCAACAGCUAAACAAACCCAAAGAGAAUACUCUUUGAUAUGUAAACAAAGUGGAAAAAGAAUAGAUCAGACUUUGGGUCUGAUCUAUUCUGUUCCGGUUGCAUCUUUAACAGUUAUACUAGAUAUUUUAAAUGUUUGGCAGGAGUGUUCAGGUUUAUUUAACUAUGCUGUUUAUUAUCAAUAAGCUAGGCUCUACUCGUAUAGUAGAGCAUAUACUAGACGAGUAUAUGCUUGUCUAGUGGGAGAAUGGGCGGUGGGAGAAUUUGUCUACCUCCUUCUCAAUCGAGACAAUCACUAAAUCUACUUACUGAAAAUAAAGUACUUAUGUAACUUACUUAAUUAUGUACUUAUACAUAUUAAUCUGUUGAUACCGGAAUAUAGAAUAGUUCAUUUAUGGUUAUUCCUGUGUUUGUAAACAUGUUUAUGGAUAUCACGAAUAGAAACAAGAAAAGCCUUGUCUUGUGACGAGGCCGCCUCAAAUACCUGUUUAUAAAAUAUACCAGGAUUAAGGUGAUUGAUUAAUAAAUGUAAUGAUUAAGAGUUGAUCCUUUACGACUGUUAAAUGCCGUGAAUAAACAAUGAAUUAAAAAGGACCUCAGUUUCACACAAAUAUUUAUUAA